UGCGGAGCGGGGGGUGGGUAUCUCCCCGCCGCCGCCUGAGGAAUGUCAACUAUUCAACAUGGAGACGGCGGUUACCAGGCUCGAGUCCAUGCUGGUUUCUGGGGUAGAUGUGGGAAGGACUUUUGUUGGGCAGAUGUUCCAGAAGGCAGAAUCUGAUCUGGAUUAUAUUCAAAACAGACUGGAGUUUGAACUAAUGAAAAAUCUUCCUGAUAAUCCAGCAGCAGAGGAAAAUCCAGCUGCUGUUUUGGAGGAACUCUCAGUGGUGAAAUCCCGUUAUAAAAUGUUAUGUAUGCAGCUGAAGAAAUUUUCCAUAGAGCAGAAAGAAUCCAUGAAGGGCAUCCAUGCUGCUCUAGUGAACACAAUGAAGGUGGUUCAGGCGUUACAGCAACAAGCUGAUCUUGAGUGCCUACCUCUGUCACAAGAACAGACUGCAGCACAGCAGUUAACCUGCCUAACUGUUGAAGAAAUGGAAUCACAAGUGGAAGAGGCCAUUAGGCCACAGAGUGGCAGUGUUGAGUAUUUCACAGAUGAAGAAAAUGAUUCUGAAAGCCACUGACUCAGGAACACAAAUCUUGAAAGAACUUGCUAUUGUGGAACUUGACAAACAAGGAAAUGUUAAAUUAGUUGUGUAAAUGAAAGCUCAGUCCAUUCUCAUUUGAAACACAAGCAUCUUGGUCAUAGCUCCUGGGUUACUCACAGGCAAGUAUUUCUGUGGUGUCUAGGAGCUGGAAAGCUGUUAACGUUUCUGUAUACAAAUUCUACUUGUAAUACUUAAAAUUGGAGGGUUAAAAACCAUUGAGGUGUUGAUUAUUGUAUCUUGGAUGUUGUAGUUGAUGCAUUUUUGAAGAGUAUUGAUAACCACGUGGCAUUUCCAUAUUCUUGCCUAAGUUCCUGAGUGGGUUUUUAAGACAAAUAACCCAAGCCACUUAAUUGUACUUACUUUCCUGAAUAAAUGAUGAAAGCUAAGGAGAUGAGA